AUGCAAGUUUUAUCGCUGGCAAUGCCCCGAACUGGGACAGUGACAAUGCAAGCCGCGCUGGAGAUUCUGGGCUGCAAGCCCACCUAUCACGGAUACACACCACUCUAUAACAUCGAUGAGUGCGCCAAAUGGAUCUGCGCUUUCGACGCGAAAUAUCACAAUCGCGGUCCGCUAUUCACUCGAGAAGACUGGGAUGAUUUGCUGGGCAAUUACCAGGCCGUGACGGACUCACCGGCCAUCUGCUUCGCGGAAGAACUCAUCAAGGCUUACCCCGAAGCAAAAGUCGUGCUUGUGGAACGAAACAUAGAGAGCUGGUACCAAAGUUUCGAUGGCAUGAUUCAGGAGAUGUAUAAUCCUAUGAUCCAUGUCCUACGGCUCCUCGAUCCACAGGUCCUCGGACCUACCGCCACUAUGUUCAACUAUGUCUACAAAGACCGCAGGGGAUUCUGCCGGACUGAUAACAAGGACGAGCUGCAACAUACCGCGAGAACGCUGUACAGAGAACAUUAUGCACAUGUCAGGAGGGUUUGUCCGAAGGAUAGAUUGCUAGACUUCAGGCUUGAAGACGGCUGGGGCCCGUUGUGCGAGUUUCUCGGCAAGGAGAAGCCCGAUGUGCCAUUUCCGAGACUCAACGAGGGUGCUGCGUUGGCGGAAAGGUUCAAGGAGUUCCAGAAGCGCAGUAUGCUGCUUGUGUUGAGAAAUCUGACGCUUGUUGGUGUGUCCGCGUGGGUAGUUCUGCUUGCGGUGGGAUGGGCGAGGCGAUAG